CCAAUCAAAGAAUCGUUCUAUUUGUAUAAGCCUGUCGACGCUGAAUCUUUCAAUCCGAAGAGGUGGAUGAAUGAUUGAAUCUCGCGUGACCCAGCACCGGCGAAUUGGCUGAUUCUGCUGCACCUCCCAUAGGUCGACAGCAAAUCCACCUGCUGCUGCUAUUCAUUCAUCAGCGACACCCCAUGCCUGCCCACCCAUGGAAUCUCCCCUGCCAAUUGGGUACGGCCCGUCGCCACGCACGCACACACACACGCACAAAUGACACAAACUCACACAACAAGACACACACAUGCCAGUGAAAACUGAAAACGAUCGCAAACUCUCUCCAAGUAAAGAAAGAAAAUAUUAUUCGUACUAGUAAAACGGAAGAUAAGGACCUGCAGUUUUGGAAGCGAGCAGAGCACACACACAAACCAAAACAAACAAACCAAACGGUGACAUCAGUGGAGUGCGAGAGGGGGAGCCGAGCCCGGCCCGGCCCGGCCCGGCGGCCCUUCUUUAAGAUCACCACCCGCCCCCAAUUGUUCUCUCCCACACCUCACCUCACCUCACCUCACCUUCUUCGCCUUCUUCUUCUUCUCGCCCGGUGACACCCGAGAGCAAACGAGCAAUUCACCAGCUUGCUUCCUCUUGUCUGCUGCAAGGUGCUGAUCGGUGAUCGGGCCUUUGAUCUUUCCGGGAGGGAGGGAAGCCGUUGUGUCAGGCUGGCUCUCGACAUGUUCAGAUCCAAGGUCCAGGAGAUGAUCCUCAGGAGGAGGUCCAGGUCCAUGAACGGCGCCGGCUGCAACUUGUCCACGGCCCCGUGCGACGGUGGAGCCGGCAAGGGUGCUGCUGCUGCUCGUGCCACGUCGUUUGCGGUGCCGAGGCUGCUGCACUCGUCGUCGCUCCCGGCCGGCGGCCGCGCCGCGGUCGUCACCGGGAGCCCCGCGCGGGACCACGAGGCGAUGUCCGCCUACGCCAUGAGCCCGACGUCCGUGCUGGACGCGUCGGCGGCCUUCGGGUCGCCCGGCCCGGCCGUGGAAGCCGGCGGGGGCAAGCGCCGGCCGUGGUGCGACGGGUGCGCGGGGCCGCACGGGCUCGCCGACGUGCUGGACUGCGCCCACGAGGCCCAGCGGAGGAAGAGCGUCCUCCGGGGCGCCGUCAGGGCGCAGGCGCCGGCCCUGGUGCGGUCCUCCUCCCUGGACCGGCGCGUGGAGUUCGGCGUCAAGAACAAGAGCUCGUGGCUGCCGCUCCGCGCCGCCCGCCCGGCGGCGGCGGAGGCAGAGGAGGACGGGCCGUCGUCCGAGGACUACACCUGCGUCAUCUCCCGCGGGCCCAACCCGCGGACGGUGCACAUCUUCGGCGACCGCGUCGUGGAGGGCGACCGCGUCGUGGGAAGCCCGCCGCCGGCGCCGGCGCGCCAGGGCAGAGGUUUCCUCAGCCUGUGACGCCAUGCCUGCCAUCCAUAGUAGCAAGUCCUCUCCUCCAUGAUGCGUGCGUGCGUGCGUGCUCCGGUAAAGUAGUAAGUCUUGUUGAUGCUGCCAUAGUCUUGUCGUCCUAAUAUUUGUUCUUGGAUCGAUCUUGAUGAGAUGAUCAUGCUUCUUGGAUCAGAUGAUCAAACAGAUUGGGUUUUGUCUGUAAUAUAGGAAUUCUGCCUCUCUCUCUCUCUCUCUCUCUCUCUCUCUCUUUGCUGCAACAUGCUUGUACCAGAGUAAGAUAAGAUCACAACCGAACAUGUAAAAUUAGUACUAGCUUCUGAAUGAAUUGAUCGUUGAAAAUGCA